AGAAGUGGCAGAAGCUGUUGGAAAUUGGAGUUGAAAGCGACUUUAAAAAUCGCAUUUUUCCGAGUCGGGUGUGUUUUCCUUUACUGCACGGCUAAAUGGUUAAAAUUUCUUAUAAACGAUUAAGAACGUGAUCGCAGACAGACAAAUUAACACACAACAUAUUCCAAAUUGUGGAAUCACUUUCAUAAAUUGUGUAUAUUUCGCAUUCUAUGCCGCAGUGGAAAAAAUAAUAAAAAUAAAAAGGGAGUGUAAUCGGAUGAUGCAUAGCUCAAAGUGUGUGCGAUUAUAUUAACGAAAUUUGUAACCAAAAGCAAACGCGCGAAAAGUGCAGAGAGACACGACAAGAAAUUUGUGCAAACGGAGAACGCGAAAGCAACGCAAAAAAAAAAAAAAACAAGAAGAAAAAAGUGGAGCGAAAGCAGAAUUUCAUUCCAUUUAAAAAUUUUUAAUUGUGCAAAAAAUAAGCAAAGUGUAAAGUUUCUCUAUUUAAUUAAUCAUACAGCGUAGUAAAGGUUAAUUAAGAACGCUGCAAAACUUGAAAAAAGGCGCACAGUGGCAGACAAAGGCUAUUAAUACAGAUUUUCCUGGCUAUUAAUUAAAAGGAAAAAAAAAAAACAAAAACAUAAAAAAGUGGCAGAAACGCAAGUAAAGCAGCGCAAAGCCACAGGAAGUUCAACAUAAAAGCAACCAGCUAUCGUAGCACCAACAACAACAACAGCACUCAAACAAAAUGAGUAAAAAACCGACAGUCGGUCCCGCGCUCCACAAAGUGAUAAUGGUGGGCAGUGGUGGCGUUGGCAAAUCGGCACUAACACUACAAUUCAUGUACGACGAAUUCGUGGAGGACUACGAACCAACCAAAGCAGAUAGUUAUAGGAAAAAGGUCGUUUUAGAUGGCGAAGAAGUACAAAUAGAUAUACUGGAUACUGCCGGACAGGAGGACUACGCUGCCAUCAGAGAUAAUUAUUUUCGCAGUGGUGAGGGUUUCCUCUGUGUCUUCUCAAUCACAGACGAUGAAAGCUUCCAAGCAACACAAGAAUUCAGGGAACAAAUAUUACGUGUGAAAAAUGACGAAAGCAUACCGUUCCUGUUGGUGGGCAACAAAUGCGAUUUGAGUGACAGACGUAAAGUGCCGCUGAACGAAUGCCAGGCACGCGCCCAACAAUGGCAGGUGCCCUACGUGGAGACCUCAGCUAAGACGCGUGAAAACGUGGACAAGGUAUUUUAUGAUCUAAUCAGGGAUAUUUCAUCACGAAAGAAGCAACGUCAGUCCGAUGUGCGACAGCCGCCAAAAACCAAAUCUCAUUGCUGCCAACUGCUGUAAUAUUCAUGAAAUGGAAAAACUUCAAAAGAACAAAAAAAAAAGGAAACAUCAACAAAAAACAAUAACAACUGCAAAAAUGAAACAACGCUGAUGAGCACGAGCUAAAAAAUUCCGAUAAAAAUAAUAAUGAAAAUGACGACGAAUUAUUAAGAAAAAAAGUAUGCAUUAGGAAAACAAAAAAACUACUACACUCUUUCAAGAAAAUCAAAAAAUCUAUUGAAGAAAGUAAAAAAACAAAAAAAAAAACACAAAAAAAUGCUGCGCAAAAUAUUGUGAACGCAUCUUGGACCAGUUGCUGCUUAUACAGCAAAUACAACUCAAUUUAUGCAUAGAUUUGUAAAACCAAAAACAAAAACAACAACUAUAAACUACAUACAUUUGCAUACAUAUACAUAUAGAUACACGCAUACAUAUAUAGAACACCAAUUAUAAAAUCAAUCAACGUAUUGUAUUUGUAUUCAAGAAAAGAACAAAUGAAAAACCAAAAUAUUCUACAUAAA